CCACAGCCACACAUAAAAGCCAAGGAGGGCCUUGGGCUCUCUUCUCUUGAUGCAGGAGCUGCUGGACCCAAGUUCUGUGGGAGUUCCCUGCUCUGGGGGACACAGGCAGCUCCUCUCCCAUCUCCCUUCUGCACUGGCUGAGACACAAGGAGAAAUGUAAGAGUGCAGCUCUGGGAAUUCACCUCUCUGGCAGAAGCCCUGUGGACCCAGCCCAGCACUGAGCCCCGUCAGCAGCAGUUGGGGAUGUUCAGCUACCUCCGGGAGCGCUUCAGCAGCCGCCUCCGGGAGCGCAGCCGGCGCCGCGCCAGGCUCGUCUCCAAGGAUGGCAGGUGCAACAUCGAGUUUGGCAACGUGGAGCAGUCCAGGUUUGUCUUCCUGAUCGACAUAUGGACAACCAUCCUGGACCUCAGGUGGAGGUACAAGAUGACCAUCUUCAUCUCGGCCUUCCUGGGCAGCUGGUUCCUGUUUGGGCUGCUCUGGUACGUCGUGGCCUACAUCCACAAAGACCUGCCCGAGUUCAACCCCUCCAUCAACCACACCCCCUGCGUGGAGAACAUCAACGGCCUCACCUCAGCCUUCCUCUUCUCCCUGGAGACCCAGGUGACCAUCGGGUAUGGCUUCAGGUGUGUCACGGAGCAGUGUGCCACUGCCAUCUUCCUGCUCAUCUUCCAGUCCAUCCUGGGCGUCAUCAUCAACUCCUUCAUGUGUGGGGCCAUCCUGGCCAAGAUCUCCAGGUCCAAAAACCGGGCCAAGACCAUCACGUUCAGCAAGAACGCUGUCAUCAGCAAGCGUGGGGGGAAGCUCUGCCUCCUGAUCCGCGUGGCCAACCUCCGCAAGAGCCUGCUGAUCGGGAGCCACAUCUACGGGAAGCUGCUGAGGACCACCAUCACCCCCGAGGGGGAGACCAUCAUCCUGGACCAGGUCAACAUCGAGUUCGUGGUGGACGCCGGCAACGAGAAUCUCUUCUUCAUCUCGCCCCUCACCAUUUACCACAUCAUAGACAAGAACAGCCCCUUCUUCCACAUGGCAGCAGAAACCCUCCUGCAGCAGGACUUUGAGCUGGUGGUGUUCUUGGAUGGCACCGUGGAGGCCACCAGUGCCACCUGCCAGGUGAGGACGUCCUACAUCCCCGAGGAGGUGCUCUGGGGGUACCGCUUCGCUCCCAUCGUGUCCAAGACCAAAGAAGGGAAAUACAGAGUGGACUUCCAGAACUUCAGCAAGACAGUGGCCGUGGAGACUCCCCACUGUGCCUUCUGCCUCUACAAUGAGAAGGAAGCCAAAGCCAAAGAGAAGAAAGGUUAUGACAAUCCUGGCUUUGUCUUGUCUGAAGUCAAUGAAACCAGCGACACAAAAAUGUAGUGCCAGGUGUUCGUGGGGCUGAGUUUUCAGAGAGAAUUCAGUCUUGAGAGGAUUAAUAAAUAAUCAGUAAAACAAAACAGAAAGGCAGGUUUGGGUUUGCUCUAACCCAGCAUUUGUUUCCUCAAAAGCCUCCAAUCAAAGAGGAGCAGAAUACCAGUGAUCACUAUUUAACUACACUAUAUAUAUUUCAUAGAAUUUAUAUUUUUAUAUCCAUGGGACAUUUAAUGAAGCUGCUAUGUUGGAGUGUCCAACUCACUGAAGUUUUCAGAGGUGUGCAAAGGUGUUUAAAAGCCUGAAAAGAUGGAAAGAAAUUUUAGGACAAUUAAGAUACACAGCUGCUGGAAGGAGAACGUGAAAAGGUGAAACAGAAGGCAAAGUUAAAGAAACCUAAAGGACUUAGGAGCCAAAACCUCAAAAAAUUUUCUGGUUGCCAAAGUCCUCUACGAAAACAGAGUCUCUGGCUCUUGAACUUGAGCACCUUGGAAUGUUCUGGAACAAUUCCUUCCCUCUUUCUUUGGGACUGGUACAGCUGCAGGACAGAGCAGUAAGGGAUGGGACAAGCCUAGGAAAUAGAGAAGGCAGAGCUUGGGCCAAGCUGCUGCAUCUCCAACUCCAAAAUGUGACUUCUCCCCUCUGAAAGCCUUUGACUCCUUUCAGGGAAAAAGCCAAAUGGAAAUGAUAACUGAAAACCCAAGGAGAAGCAGAGACCCACUCUGGGACAAAAGGAAUUUUGCAGCUUAUUCCCAGCUAUCCCAGCCUUCAGCUGCUCUUCACUGCCCCAGGAGCUGCCUGGAUGGGGAAUAGGGAACCAUUCGAAGACAAUUCUCCAGAAAGGUGGGGAGAUGGAGAACACAUUCAUUCCUUCACACCUGGCAGAAAGCCCUCCAGUGGGAGAAGAGAGGAAAUUCCCGCCUCUGGAUGUAUCCUUCCAAAAAAUCCCCAAUGCAAACAGAGAUUAUCUUCCCCUUUGAAGCACAAAGCUCCUGUUCAAACAAAAACAGAGCCCAGGAGCCUCCUACCAACAUUUGACUUCAGAUUUGGUUCCAAACUGUUCAUCCCCCCACAACCAAAUGUGCAUCCUUACAGGAAACAACUCCUGCUCAGUGGGCGCUGAGGAGUGCUGAACAUUUUCUGGGGCUGAUUUUUGACAUAAAUGCAACAAGAAGCUUCAACACCUUUUUAGUGAAUUUCUACUUCCUCACAGUCAGGGUUUUUCACCCCAAUUCAUUGUUACUGAGAGUCCUAGUGGCAGACCAAAGAGAUUUUGGGAACUCUUCCCAGUGAUGUAACUCAACUCAUCAAUUUUCAAUGCUGUGGUAAAAUGGAAAUCCUGUUAAAAGCUGCUAGACUAAGUGGUUUCAUAAGACGGGGAGAUUUCAGCAGGUCAGAUGAUGACAAGAGAAAGCUGUGCUGCCAAUGAGCACAGUGUGAGUAUGGAAAUCAAACUCUGGGAACCAGGAGUGUUCAGGUCCUAGUGCCAGUGUAGUGUGAGCUCCUCUCUUGGCUCAGAACAAAUCACUCUGCUCUGUAUCUCCAAUUGCCAUCUGUACCACGGGACACAAACACUGACAUUGCACAGAGAGCAAUGCUAUGAACAGUUCUGUCACUAAAGCACUUUAAAAGCCAAUUCUCAGCUGUGUCACUCUUUCCUCUGUGCACCACUGUCACACCCUUCUCCACUCUGGGUGGAAAGGUCAGCACACAAAGUUCUGCUCUCACCACACAUCAGAGCUACCAACAGUGGCUGCACCAGGGCCAGAACUGAGCAGGGAGAACAGGAGUGAGACCUUUGAGGUAACUCACAGAUACUGCCUGAUAUUCUCAUUGUGCUGCACUGCAACUUUGCAAACCAACAGGGUAAAAAAUACUCUACAGUCCCAAUCACCACAGCACCUUAGUGCCCCUCAUAUAAUCAGCCUGGAAGGGCAGUUUUGAUCCCCCAAAACAAACAUCAAGAAAUCAGUGGUCAUGUACAGAAAUCUCAGAGGGAGCAGGGAAGUGAAAUGACAUGUCCAGAGUCCCAGAGUGGUCUGAACCAAAGGCUGCUCCAUCCUUCCAGAGCUGCUGCUGCAUUUCCUCCCAGGGCUUCCUGUGCAGUUCCCUGGGUGCAAUGUCUCCAGAAAGUGGCACUUCAGGGCUCAAGGCUCAUAACCCUCUUACCCCUGGGAGAGGAGAUGCAUCAAGAUGCCUUUAAUAGAAGCAGAAAAAGUGUCCCCACUGGACAAAAACAGCAAAUCCAUUUGAAAGGUCAAACCCAGCUGUGCAAUGAGGAGUCAGGGAAAAUUCCUAUUUAAGUACUGGUUUGGGAUGUUAGUGCUAGUGGGGAAAAGAAAUCAAAUGCUCUGCAUGCCUGCCCAAGAGGUGGUGCACACCUCUAAAGCCUGGAGGGUCCCUAAACAAUGCACUUCAGGUACUGCCCCUGGAAAGGCUCCUCAAAAUCCUAAACCUCAAUGUUCUUCUGACCUGUGAUGGAACCUUUUGCUCUGUCCCUGCAGUGUGAGCAUGAGGAGGUGUUGCUCCAUUUCUAGAAGCAUGGAGUGCUCCCACAGCUCAAAGAGAAAACACCUGAUCCCCUCUGGGGUGGUUACCUGUGCUGAGAAAACACCUGAUUCCCUGUGGGGUGGUUACCUGUGCUGAGAAAACACCUGAUUCCCUGUGGCGUGGUUACCUGUGCUGAGAAAACACCUGAUUCCCUGUGGCGUGGUUACCUGUGCUGAGAUGUGACCCCCACCUGAUUCCCUGUGGGGUGUUACCUGUGCUGAGAAAACACCUGAUCCCCUGUGGGGUGUUACCUGUGCUGAUAUCUGACCCUCACCUGAUCCCCUGUGGGGUGGCUGCCUGUGCUGAUAUCUGACCCUCACCUGAUCCCCUGUGGGGUGGCUGUCUGUGCUCCCUGUGCUGACAGCCCCACCUGCCUUGGAGCCUGCAGCACAGGGAGCUGCACCAGGGCAAGGGUGAUUGUUCUUUUGUGUAUUUUUGUGUCACUGGAAGGGAUCCAGGAGCAGAGGAGAUUCGAGGGGAUGGAUCCAAAGCCGACAGAGCUGUCAGGCUCCCUUGGAGCAGGAUGAUGCUGGGAGCUGGCUGGGAAUCCCAGAGUGAGCCUCCCGUGGUUGUCACCCCAGGAAGGCCUGGCAGCCCCACAGCAGCAGCAGCAGAUAGAGCUGAGGCUGAGCCCAGCAGCAGCACAACAAUGAGUGGAAUUUCCUCUGGCUGUCCAGGGAGAGCAGUUUGUCACCCUGCAGAUAAAGGCCUGGUCAGGAAGGAGGUUAUCGGGGACAGGCCCCUCAGGACACGCUCCAGAGAAAAGCUAUUUUGGGGGCUGUCACCCCUGCUGCCAUUAAAAGAAAGUUCAGUUAAGAGGAUGAAAAUAAACUUAAUCUUGCUGAGCAGAAGUGGCUGGAGGGAACCACAGAGCUGAUUCUGGGAGACAAAGGCCGGGCUCCUCACCCUGGCAGGGCUUCACUCCCCCAGCUCUGCCCAGGUCCUGCUCCCUCGGGUGCCCUCCUGCCUUUGGGGCUCCCCGUGGAGCUGACAGCCUGCUCCAUACCCUGCAAAGGCCUCAGGAGAAAGGCCUGCCCUUCAGGGCAACAAACCACACCAUUCCUGCUGGAUUAAGGCCUGAAGGAUUUCACUGGGAAAGCCAAGCAGCCAGGCUUGGGAAUAAUGUGUCUGCACUAAACUUAAUUUAUCUUCUCAUUUCACAAACAACAUGUUUCUUCUACUGUAUUUAUUUUAAACACUCAUUCAAGCUGUGCAUAAUAUUUCAGUCAUUUUGAAAUAGAUUUACCCUCCUGCUGGCAAAUGAAUAAGGCAUCCUGCUGACUGCUGGAGAAAGGGCCAUGAAUUAAAAUAACUGCUUUUGGUAAACUGA